AUGUAUCCCCUCAAGUCUUCUGUCUUCCUACUUCUCCUCUUCCUCUGUGUCCAGUGGGCCCACGGGAAGAUUGAGUUGAUACUAUCGGAUCUCGGCACGGAUAAAUGCAAUUCGGAACAGGUGAAAGCUCUGGAUGAUAAGUUUUACGGGACAGAUUGUGGGGGCGAGAAUCUGCUUCCCUCCGUUGAGUGGUUUCAAAGGAAUAGCGAAACCAAGUCCUACGCCAUGACCGUUACCAGUAUUAUUAAUUCCAAAGUAGUGACUCAUCUCUUGGCAUGGAACAUACCCUCACAUGUUAACUUAAUAAAUCACUCCACAAACUUCGACGAACUGGAGGCAGUCACUGGGUUAAAUUCGUUUGGCGAGGCGAAAUACACGGGACCAUGUGCCUCCGCCAUGGAAGAAGAGAGCAAUUGUUUGUUGUUUACUCUGUAUGCGCUAAAAACAGACCACAUAGAAAUGUCACAAGACGCAGACUACUUCGAACUGAUGGCCUACCUGAAAAGUAUGAGUCGAGACGAGAAGGGGCUGCUCGACAGGUUGUCCUUGUAUGCCAUGACAAUCCCAAAGAGAAGGAUUCCAAGUUGA